AUGGCGGCCGACGUCCCCGCAUCACCCCCCAAAAAUGCCACAACUCAGGAGACCUUGGACUGGUACAAGCGACAGUACGAACAGCUUGAGCAGGAACUCAGGGAAUUCCAGGAGUCGUCCAAGGAACUCGAGGCCGAGCUGGAAAAGGACCUGGACGCCGCCGAUAAGAGAGAGCGCGCCCUACAGCAAAAGGCCGAGGGAUUAUCCUACGAGGUAGAGGAGUGGAAGAGAAAAUACAAAGAAUCAAAAUCAGAGGCAAAUGCUGCGCAAAGUGCGCUUGAGAAGGAAAUCACGGCUCUGCGCGAGACCAACAGAACCCUCCAGCUAAAGCUACGCGAUAUCGAAGUGGCCAACGAUGACUUUGAGCGCCAAGCCCGAAACACGUCCUCCUCGCUUGAGGACCUCGAAUCCAAGUACAAUGUCGCCAUCGAGCGCGCCGUCAUGAUGGAGGAGGAGAUCAAGAUCGGAGAGCAGGAAAGAGAACGGCUACGCGUCGAGGCCCAACGAUUGCGCGAAGAAUUGUCCGACCUCAAGAUUGAGGCAGAGAUCCUGCAGUCCAAGCUUAGGAAGCACCAAGCCCGUGGCCAUCUUACCCAGAUCACCACCACAAUCGCCCCCGCGCCUGCUUCACCGCUGUCCGCCGCCAGCUCGCCUUUGGUCAGCACUCCACCCGAUACCAAGUCCCUGUCCACGAUCGACACCUUGUCCGAAGUGCAAGACCCACCAUCACCGCCCAUGUCGGAUGCCUCGCUCGGCAAGGGUCUUAGGGCCUCUAGGAACACCCCCGUCAAGCAGACGGCUUCUAGGCCUGGAGGGUGCAGGACACCCAAGUCAUCCAUCUCCAAGUCGGCGGCGGCCAAGUCGUCAGCACAGGCAACCCACAAGGCCAACCGGUCCAUCAGCGAGAACAACCUCACGCCGAAGCCGAAGCCACUCAGCUCGUCCACCUCCUCGCUAACGAACCGUCCUUCCAAGGGCCGCUUCGACAACAACAGCUAUCCUAUGGUGCGCACGCCCUCAUCGCGGCCCUCUGCCGCUAGAGCCGCUGAGAGGCCACGGGCGCCUGUGCACAGGGUCCCUCCAUCCAACUCCCUCACCCACAUCCGCACCCUUACCGCCCAGAUGCAGAAACUCGAAGCCCGUGUUCAGUCUGCUCGCUCUAAGCUCCCAGCUGGUCCAGCGCAGCCGUCACCUAAGCAGUCGCCGCGCUUCAACGGAGGCAUUGGAGGCAUUGCUGCCUCGGUAGCCAUGCGCGGGAAGAAGCAGCGGGGGCCUGGGGCCUCUACCCCUAAUCUGCUAGAUGAUGACAACGCGUCCGACAUCUCCAACUCGCACAGCAACCCUGACUUUCGCAGUAGCACUUCGAACCUCAGCAAGCACAUUCCUCGACUUAGUACGUCAGGACUUAGCAGCACUUCAGGAGUGUCACGCAUAGCAUUCGGCCCCUUACCGAUCCGCCACCCCGCCUCUGCCGCCGCCUCGACAACAUCCACAAGCACAGCAACCGCCACCAACGUCGACUCGGAAGUUUCGCGGCCCAGCAGCCGGGCUAGUUCCACGAGCUACCCGCGACCUAUCAGCCGAGCCGAGUCCCACAGCACAGCAGCGUCAGGGUACAUGCCCUCGUCCGCCUCGCGACCUAUUAGCCGUACGAGUCUACCUGGACAUGGGACACGAACCCCCGUUGGGUCAUGGCCACGGAGCUCCGGGACACUGAGCGCGUACGGCCACGGUCCGGCCCACAGUCAAGCGAGCAUCAGCUAUAGCACAGCGGAGGAGGACGAGUUGACAGAUGAUGGGCAGCGGGAGCUGAGGCCAAAGACCACGCCAGUGAGGAGGAGGACAGGGACACUGAGUGCGCGCGAUGCUCCUGAUCAUCACCAUACUGGCAUUCCGAUUCCAGGGUCAGGGGGGAACAGGAGGCAAAGUGGCAGCUCGAGCGCAAGUAGGUCGAGUGUAACGGGCAGUUUGAGUCUAAGGAGGCCGAGUAAUGCGGCGGCUCUAGGGCAUGGACAUGGACAUAACACAGGGUAUGGACAUGGACAUGGGUCAGUAGGAGGGAGCACGACAGUGAGGAAGGUGGUGGAUUUGGGGGAGACCUAUUGA